GUCUAAUGAUAUUCUAUGUACAAUUCUUCCUGUGGUCACCAGGACAGAGCUAGUCCGUCCCCUUCCACCCUGCCGGAGUCCCCUGGUCGCAACUCUCCUGAUAUCGCCUUACUGCUGGGUCUGAAGAGCCUGUCUGUGAGGCUGGUCGACUGCAGGAAAACACCAGGGCAGAGUGGAACUUUGAGAGGGGGUCACGAGGAGGAAGACUUGAUUUCACCAAGUAAGAACAAUGGGGACACCCUUAACUGUCGCUCUCUCAAUGGUAGGGACUUAUUUGGGGAGCCUCAACAACAUGUUUGUGACAAGAUAGAGAAGAGUCUCUCCCGAUCAGAACACCUCAAGAAGCACAGACGUACAGGGAAAAAACAUCACCACUGCUGCUCUGACUGUGGGAAGAGUUUCACUAGCAGGAGUGGUUUCAUAAUGCACCAAAGGAGUCACACCGGAGAGAAACCGUACUGCUGCUCUCAGUGUGGGAAGAGUUUUGCUGCUUCUAACGCCUUCAAAUCUCAUCUGAGAAUUCAUACAGGAGAGAAACCUUACAGAUGCUCACAGUGUGGGAAGAGUUUUGCUGCUUCUAACACCUUCAAAUCUCAUCUGAGAAUGCAUACAGGGGAGAAGCCUUACCCCUGCCUUGAUUGUGGUAAAAGCUUUGCUAACACGGGAAUUCUAACCAUACACCAGCGUGUACACACUGGAGAGAAGCCUUAUAGCUGUAAUCAGUGUGGGAAGAGCUUUGCUCGGUCAGGAGAGCUGACUACACACCUGGUAACACACACUGGAGAGAAGCCUUAUGUCUGUCUAUGUGGGAAGAGCUUUGCUCUAUCAGGACACCUGAAUAGACACCAGCGAACACACACUGGAGAGAAGCCUUAUAGCUGUGAUCAGUGUGGGAAGAGCUUUGCGCUAUCAGAACACCUGAAUAGACACCAGCGAACACACACCGGAGAGAAACCUUAUAGCUGUGAUCAGUGUGGGAAGAGUUUCAGUCUAUCAUGGACCCUAAAUACACACCAACGAACACACACUGGAGAGAAACCUUAUGCCUGUCUAUGUGGAAAGAGCUUUGCUCAUUUAGGGCCAAUGAAAAAACACCAGAAAGCAGAAAUGUGCCAUAUUUCCUCUCCCUCCUAUCUGACACUGGUUCCAGAUCCAUAAAUAAAGGAUCAAUAGAAAACAUCUAGUGAACAGUCAUAUCCAUCUCCCAUUCUUAGAAGGUUGCCUUAGUCUGAUCACCAUGGUAACCUCUGGAGCAUAAUAUGCAGCUCUGAUCUAGGAUCAGUUCUCCCCUGUGUCUAUGUAAUAUUGCACAUUGGGAUUUAAAUGGAUAAAUGUUAUCAUAGAAUGUCAUCGUCAACGUGUGUUUACGUACUCCUAAAACUAAUCAAUGACGCAUUGAAUAAUAAUAUUCAUGAGGUCAAGGUAAGAUCUAUGCAUGCUGUGUCUUGUGACAACGGUUAAUGUAAUAACUUUUAGAUUUAUAAUGUAAUAAAACCGGGAAAUGUAAUAUCUUGUUGGUUAAUAUGAUAAAAUGUUAAAUUGUUAUAGUAAUAACUUUUCCAUUUAAUGUAGUAAGUUACAGUAUCAUGUAACAACUUUUUAUGAAAAAUGUAAUGACUUCAACCGAUCAUGUAAUAACACCUAAACCAAUGUUUAAUCUGUUACUUCACUAAUGUUUAUAGUAUACACAUACCACCCUCCACCAAUUAUAAACCCACACACACAAACCUAUGCACUUGUACUCACACACAAAUACACAGUUUCAUCAUCAAGUUGUAUUGGUCACAUACACAUAUUUAGCAGAUGUUAUUGGUCACAUACACAUAUUUAGCAGAUGUUAUUGGUCACAUACACAUAUUUAGCAGAUGUUAUUGGUCACAUACACA